AUGGGAAGGCUGGGGAUUCCGAGGAUGAGACGCUCGUUCUUAGUUGGCAUGGUUAUGACCCUGCACCUCCUCGUGCUGAGAGCGCAAGAGGCGCACGAAGUGUCUAGAGUUCAGCACCUGGUCAACAUGGCAGGGCUGGCAGCAAGCCAGAAACGGUACGGGGAGGCAGGUGCCAAGUACAAGGAGGCGGCAUCACUGAUGGGGAGCGGUGUGAGCAUCCAGCUGCAGCUUCGUAUGGGAGAUGUCUUCAUGUUCACAGGGGAUUUCGAAGAGGCGCGAGGAGCGUAUCAAGUCCCGUUCAUGAUUGAUCGGAGGCAGUCGCGAAUCAGCCUGGAAGACUGGGUUGCUGUUGGUACGAGGUUAGCUCUUGCAGCAGAUUUUACCAAUCAGACCAAACUUGCCAUGUCAGCUCUAGAAAAUAUUUUCGUAGCAUAUUUCACUUCUCCUGACUCGAUGGAUCUCCCUCUACUGCCUUUUUGCCACCUCUCCGACCUUCUGAAAUCAAAAUCUGCCGAUGAGACGAGAGGGUACAGGCUCAAGGAGAUCGUCCUUCAAGUCGUUCUGUUUACAAUUCACAGGAUCAGCAUGAAUGAGAAUGGCGCGAGGCUCUUUUCGAUUUUGAAGAAGCUUGCCAGUGAGCAUCUGUUGACAACCAGAGCAUUUCAACGCUAUGAUCACCUCAGGAGUCUAUCAGAGCUGACAAGAGAGGAUCCGAGGAGCGAGGAGCUCUUGGAUUGUCGUGAAGCUGAGACCAUACGAUAUGAUGACAUUGAAUCGAUGAGCGGACUGAUGGCUCGGUAUUCCGCCUUUCAUCGCCGGCCAUCGGAGGUAGGGGAAGGGUGGGGGAACCGCGUUCUCAGCCUCUCUUCCGCCUUCAUCUUCGCGGUUAGGACGAGCAGGGUUUUUCUAGUCAACUGGACGGAGCCGUCAGAAUUGAAAGAGCUUCUCCGACGUCCUUACGUGAAGUCUUGCAACGAAAAAGCUAUCUCUUCUGAUGCAGACAAGUUCGAGAUAGAAGACGUUUACAAGGAAAGAGAUGACCGUAUCGAAUGUUCUCAAUACAACAGCGGAGAGGUUCUAAAUAAUCAGUUAUCGACCACUCUCAUCUACUCAAGUCUGCACGACCUUUAUCGCCCGAUCCGAUCGCUGCGAGAGUUCGACAAGCUAAGGUAUCUCUGCCAUCAAGAGCUCAGAGGGCUGGACAACUCAGAACUUGGCGCUCGUAUGGACAUGUUGGGUCGAGGCAUCACUAUCAGCGCUGCUGUGAGGCUUGGCUCCAAGAGCACAAGCUACUAUCCUGUUCUCAACAAGGCAGGAGAAGAGAAUUUCCUGCGAUGUGUUCGCCUUCUCCUGGACGCUCACGGGAGUAGAGCGUCGUUAGCGCUGUACUCCGACUCUCCGGAACUUCGACGAGCGUGGAAGGCGAGGUUCCAACGGAGGUCAUGGUUUCCCAACAGUACCGUCGAGUACAGCGGAAAGCAAGAAAAAUUUCAAAGUCAGGAUGCUGUGGUGGAGUGGUUUCUCAUAGGAGAAGCUGACGACGCUGUGCUCACCUCCGGCUCGACGUUCGGACAGACGGUGAAGGAGGACGAGGAGGAGGAAGAGAGUUCGAGCAAGAAGCAGAGACAGUGUGGGAUCGGGCAUGUUGUUCGCGGCAUAGCGGGCGAUGUCCAUCAAGUUGCCUUCUUCAUCCUUGACAGAAAAACACUCAUCAUGUCUAUGAUACAAUGUUUCAUCAUGUCUGCUGUAAACCAUCUCGUCACGCCUGCUAUUUUCAAAGUUUUCCUCUUGGUUCAUUUCGAGACUGAGACCCUCUGCAUCGCAAUCAACACUUCUGCCAACUUGCAGUCUUCACUCGACAUGCCCGACGACGGACUUGUCUGCACAUGA